AUGGCCAGCCUCCAUCCUGGCAGCUUGGCGGUGAUCCCCAGUAACAUCAGUUGUGCAUCCUACGCAGCCAUGUACGAAAUCAUAUUUCUCAAGUCCAAAUGCAAGGAGACCCUGGUCGAUGAGGACCUCGUCUGUGCUGUGCUGCGGUCGACGGAUCACAACUCCAACAAACUGUGUCUAUGGGCAUUUCCUCUGAAGCCCUGUGCAAUUUUACCAUCACUGCGCACGCCUGUUCCUCGGCCACACAUCUCACAGCUGACAACUUGGCAAACACUGAUGAAAUGCUCACUGGAGAGCCAGACGACAUACCCGGUAGAGGUGUGGACGCUUCUCUUCCAAAAAGCUUCGUCUGCACUAGACCAGGCUCUGGAGUCAUUUGCCACCAUGGCCCCCAACAACAGCAACCCGUCCCUGUCGCAUGCUCUCGAGGCUCUUGGACAGGUGAGAAUUGCCAGCUUCAGCCAGGCACAGCUGCAGAGCGUUAGCUUUGUCAGCAGCUGGUUCAUGACAAACAUCCGUCCGUUUUUGGCCUCUUCGUCGCCCAACUUCCUAUUCUGCCUGAGCUCCAAGAACUUCAGCUGCGAUACCUACCGCACUGUCAUCAAGGCCUUCAGCAGCCAGGCGCCAUUCAUGGACAGAGAAAGACAACAAACAGUCUUGACUUAUUUCAUCAAACCAUUCCUCUCAAGAAAUGACUCAUCAGGUAAAGGCAGGAGCUCAAGCUCAAUUUGGUAAAGUCUCGGUGGUAUGUAGUGGUAGUACCUUGCCAACGCCUU